CUUUACAAUAUCAGUUACCUGUCUCCACUGUUGAUCAAUGUCCAAAAAACAGUACGCUAUGGAACACGUCAUCCGCGUCACAAAGCUGUCCUGUUGACUUCAACAGCAGGGAAAUAUGUGUCUGCAUCCCUAACCAGCAGACAUCGGUGUUGAUAGAGCUCUACGACAGAAGACAGAUCGAACUUCAUCAAAGUGAUCAAGAGUGUUUCGCUAUUGAAAAGCAAAGUCAAUGUUACGAAGCAGAUGUAUCAUUCUGGAAUAGAACAUCAAAUAAUACAGAUGUGUCAAUCUUCAUAUCACCGACUUCAGCAUUUUUUAUACCAACUCUGCUUCCUGUUGUGAUUCCUUUCAUUUUGAUUGGGAUUUCAUUGUGUGUCUCAAUUAUAGUAUUUCGACGGAAGAUGAAUACAAUCAUUGGGUAUAGCAAAGAUUCAAGAAGGCAAAUUGGUAAAAUGGAAUUAUACAAGUACUUAGAAAGUACGUAUCCUGGUCUGAUAGAUAUCAAAGACAACGAGGGAAAUAAUCUCGUGCAUUCUGCCGUCUGGGUUGGAAACAUGGAAAUGCUUAAGGUCCUCUUAGAGAAAGGUUUGGAUAUAAAUGAUAUAAGUGAAAAAGAGAAAAUUGUGCCACUUCUGAGUUGUAUAAAUGAUAAAACAGACAUUUCUAAACACUUGUUGGACAUGUAUCCUUAUUCAAUAGAUACCAGAGACAAUUGCGGUGAAAAUACUAUACAUGUUGCAGCAUGGUGCGGUAAUAUUGACUUCCUCAAUUUUCUCGUGCGACAUGGUUUUGAUAUCAAUAGCACUAGAAAUGAUGGGAAGACUGUAUUACAUCUGUGUUGUAGGAACAGUAAGAUAGACAUGUGUAAAUUCUUGGUCAAGGCUUAUCCUCAUCUGCUACAUGUUGAUGACCAUAAUGGUGUGAAUGCUUUACAUGAAGCAGCCUGGAGUGGAAACAUUGAUUUGUUUAAAUUUCUGUUAGAUAAAGGUCUAGACGUUAAUAUCAAAGAAAGAAAAGAUGGGAAUACUGUUUUACACCUCUGCUGUUUCCAUGGAAAGAUAGACAUGUGUCGGUAUUUGAUAAAUAAUUUCCCUUAUUUACUUCGUAUGACCAACCUUGAUGGUCACCAUGCCCUUCAUGCCGCAAAAAAGGGUGGAAACGUUGAACUGCUCAAUUUCUUAGUAAAGAAAGGCUUAGAUAUAAAUAACACACGUUAGUAAGAUAAACAUACGAGGGCUGUUCAAUAAAUAAUGUCCUCGGUGCUCGGAAAGAAACAAAAUAGGCUUUUCAAUGAUCUAGUCUUAAUGAUUUUACUUAAAAAUUCUCCUUCAAUUAAAACUUGUGUCUUAAAUCUUUUUAU